AUGCAGGAUGGCACACGGAGAACCAAGGCGGCGGCGGUGGCGGCGGCAGAGGCGCCGGAGGCAGCGAACGACGACGAGUCCCCCGCGGCGGCGGUCUCGGUCGCCGAACUGGACUUUGACAAACAGCAAAGGCGGCUGAAAACACCCUGGGGCUAUACGAAGUAUGAUCACACUGACUAUGACCGUACACUCGUGACUGACCUUGAUGUAGUUUGUGACAACGAAUGGUUGGUGACGACUGCCAGCACAUUUUUCUAUGUCGGAAGCCUGAUCGGAAAUCUGAUCUUCGGUAGAAUCGCGGACAGAAUGGGCAGAAGAACCGCGUUCUUCAUCAUCAUUGGUUGCCAAGUAACCCUUUCAACCCUCACGGCAUUUUCUUCGUCGUACGCCAUGUACACAGUGUUGAGAACUCUGGUUGGGCUGACUUUUCCUGCUGAUUUCCAGAUCCCUUUCAUCCUGGCGAUGGAGAUGAUGGGGCCCUCAGCAAGGACUUAUGCAGGGAUGGUCAUUUGCAUUUUCUUUGCAGCAGCCAUGGCCAUUUUGGCAGUGCUGUCUUAUCUUCUAAGAGACUGGUUCAAACUCACUCUGAUCACGUCUGCCCCAUUUUUUAUCCUGUUUGCGUAUUGGUGGAUUAUCCCCGAAAGCCCCAGGUGGCUUUUGACUCAGAACAGGAUUGAAGAGGCUGAAGAGAUCGUGCAAAAAAUGGCAAAGGUCAACAAGGUUCCCAUUCCUCCUGGAUACCUCAAGUCCAUGGUUUCCGUGCACAGCAACCACCACAACGCAUUGAAUUCGGCUGAGGAAUCCAGUGGCUCACCAACAUUAUCCAAAAAUACCAGGACACUGAAGACCACAAUUCCAAAUGACAGUCCAGUAGCUUUGAUCAGAGGUUACCCAAACAUCAGGAAGAAGUUUGUCAUCAUCAUGGUUGCCUGGUUAUCAAAUGCAGUGGUUUACAAUGGACUCUCAUACAACUCGAGCAACUUGGGAGUGUCUCCUGCUUUGGCCUUCUUCAUUGGAGCCACUGUGGAGAUACCAUCAUACAUUGUGCAUUGGUAUGCCAUGGACUCCUUUGGCAGAAGAUGGGUUCUGUCAAUCACAAUGAUCCUUGGAGGGAUAUCCUGCCUGCUUUGCAUGUUUGUUCCAGAAGCAAAUGUUUGGACAGUGGUUUCACUAGCCAUGAUCACCAAAUUCUGCAUUGCUGGCUCAUUUGCAGUAAUUUAUGUGUUUGCUGGAGAACUGCUGCCAACUGUUAAUCGUCAUCACAGAGUUUUGCCAUUGCUUGUCUUUGGCGCGUUGAGUUUGGUUGGAGGAAUAUUGGCCAUUUUUCUCCCUGAAACCCUAAAUGCCCACCUGCCUCAAACCCUUGAAGAGGGAGAAGAAUUUGGCAAGAAGUUCAAAAUGUGGUCCUUGCCAUCCAGGCUGAGCGUGAGGCACAACAAGCGCACUUUAUCUCAUCCAGAAGUGCAUUUCAAGUUUCUUGAGACCCAUCAUCAAGACAUUUCUCAAGGAUCUGCCUCUGGACUGUCUUUGCCUUUGUGCAAUUCGAACCUGGAGGAUUCUGUUCUUUGA